UUUGGAUGGAAUAACUCUGACUAAAUGCACUAAGAAGCAUUACCAGCUUUAAGAGUUUAUUGGAUUGUUCUUGCUAUUAAUGUAGAUUGGAGCAUUGUGUAUUGCCUUAAUCCAUUCUAUUAGUUCCUGAGGAUUUUUGCUCAUAGAAUGGAAGAGCCCAUUGAGAAUGUAGAGACUGGGGUGGUAAAGGUUGACCCUAUUAGAUCAGAAGUGAUUCCAUUGGAAGAAACAUCUGUGUCCAUGCAGAAGAAAAGUGUUGAGUACUCAUUGGAGAGGAGGAAAUCUCUCACAGCUCGCUACAUUUACGGCUUUGUCUUCUUAUUGACAAAUCUUAUGGCUUGGUUGAUUCGUGAUUAUGGACACCAAGCUCUCUCUGAGCUCCAUUAUCUAAAAGCGUGUGGAAAUGAGGGUCAUGAUUGUUUUCACAUAAUGGGAGUUCUUCGUGUCAGUCUAGGAUGUUUUAUAUUUUUCUUGUUAAUGUUUCUGACAACAUUUAAGACCAGCAAGUUGCAUGGAGCUGGAAAUACAUGGCAUUCCAAAUGGUGGAGUUUGAAGUUUGUCCUGUUGGUGGUAUCAGUGGCAGUUCCUUUUUUCUGCCCUUUGUCUUUCAUUCAAUUAUAUGGUGAAAUUGCUCGAAUUGGUGCAGGGAUUUUUCUUCUUCUCCAACUCAUUAGUGUGAUUGAAUUCAUCACAUGGUGGAAUAACUACUGGAUGCCUGAAGAAAAAUUAAAGCAAUGUGGCUUUCUUGGGUUAUUCACGUCAACCAUUUUCUAUAUUGCUUCUAUGUGUGGAAUUGUGCUGAUGUACUUUCUCUAUGCUGCACGGCGUUUAUGCACACUCAACAUAUUUUUCAUUACUUGGACUGCAAUCUUGCUUAUAGUGAUGAUGGUUAUAUCGCUACACUCUAAGGUCAAUAGAGGUCUUUUGUCUUCUGGGAUUAUGGCUUCAUACAUUGUUUUCCUGUGUUGGUCUGCUAUUAGAAGUGAGCCUGCCAUUGAGAAAUGCAGCCCACAAAAAGCAGCAGCUGGAAAUGGUAAUUGGACCUCUGUGGUGGGCUUCCUCAUAGCAAUGUGUUCAAUUGUCAUGGCAACAUUUUCCACUGGAAUUGAUUCUCAGUCCUUUCAGUUUCGCAAGGAUAAAGUUCAAAAGGAAGAUGACAUCCCUUAUGACUAUGGGUUUUUCCACUUUGUAUUUUCAAUGGGGGCCAUGUACUUUGCAAUGUUAUUCAUCAGCUGGAACCUAGAUCACUCAACCAAGAAGUGGAGCAUUGAUGUUGGUUGGGCUAGUACAUGGGUGAAGAUCAUCAAUGAGUGGAUUGCAGCCAGUAUAUACUUGUGGAAAUUGAUCUCCCCAGUUGUAAGACAAGCCAAAGUGAUGGAUCAAGAAGGGGAAAUUCAUUAUACAGAGUCACCUUGAUAAUGAAUUCAGUUCCAAGGUCUUUUGAGUCAUAG